AAAGAAGAUGUAGAAAAGUACAAACAGCGGGACCUGUUGGAAGAACUACUGAAAGAAAUGGCCGGCGAGUUCCCGGAACUGAGUUUGGUAUUUCUGAAGGAGCGUGAUCAGUACAUGGCUUGUUACCUGAGACAUGUCAUGCUUCAUUUAAUUAACGAACGCUAUGUUUCUCUAGACAGUUUAACCACCCAUGCCAGAGUAGAUCUCAAGGAUAUCGCGGCGAUGAACUUUUGCGAAAAUCGAAUCGGCGAACUAAAUGGUCUCGAAAGAGAAAUCGGUAUAAUGAACAUAUGCAAGCGACCAGGAAUCAUUUGGUCAUCACCGCAACCAAAGCUGUCUCAUCCAGCUGUUCCACACUUUGAAAAGACACUGCAGGAGACCAAAGCGAGGGUAAAUCUGUUACUUGAACUUCCCUCUACCUUUUGGGACGUAGUGCGAGUGCUGAGUGCUGCGUACCACGUCCCUGGCACUUGUAUACUGUGUCCAUGUUUGGAGUUACAACUACUUCUCGAGGAAAGUAGACACGUAACAAAUGGAAACAAUGCGAAUCGUGGCAGGAACCCUGAAGUGAGCCUGAACUAUCUGGUUACCGAUUCUGCGCUUAUUGUGAACACUCACAAAACCUAUUUAGUCUAUCCAUAUGUUUUAGCUGAUCUGGAAGUCGAACCGGUUGUUGUGGUUAGCGUGGUUGGUAUCGGACAUGUCCCUGGAAUCAUGAAUUACUGGGGCCAGCCAACGAACCUUCAUGACUUGUUAACGUAA